UUGGAGCCUCGAACGAGAAUUUCACACUUCUAAASCUAGCAUUUCUUCCGCAAAUUAAGAUAGACGAGAGAGAACGAUAGAUAUUCUUGCUAACGCAACUAUGAAGUUAGAAUAGGUCUACUCUCAUUGUGGACUUGCAUUUCCGAUGCAAGGAUUCCUUGUAAAACCAGGAAGAACCUUUCUMGCGUAGCUGAAAGAUCUUUAGUCAAGUCCUACCGCGACAAAACAUGUCUCUCGAAAAGUACUCCGUCGAGAAGUUGAUCGGRAAAGGAAGCUAUGGAGAAGUAUUUCUUGCUAAGCACAGGAAGGAUAAAAGGAUGUACGUUGUUAAAAAGGUUUCGCUCCUAAAAGCKUCGGAGAAGGAAAGAAAAGCAGCUGAACUUGAAGCUCAACUUCUUUCAAGGYUGCGUCAUCCUAACAUAGUAUCAUACAGAGAAUCAUUUCAAGGAGAUCAAGGAUAUUUAUUCAUAGUCAUGAACUAUUGUGAGGGUGGCGAUCUUUAUACAAGACUCAAGGCUCAAAAGUCUACUUUGUUAGGUGAAGACCAGAUAGUUCAGUGGUUUGUCCAGAUAGCAAUGGCUUUACAGUACAUGCAUGAAAAACAUAYAUUACAUCGAGAUCUCAAAACCCAGAAUAUUUUCCUAACAAGAAGCAAAAUUAUUAAGCUUGGAGAUUUAGGGAUUGCUAAAGUGUUAGAAAAUUCAUCUGACAUGGCCACAACACUGAUAGGAACUCCAUAUUACAUGUCUCCCGAACUGUUUUCAAACAAACCCUACAAUCAUAAGUCUGAUGUUUGGGCUCUUGGGUGUUGUGUUUAUGAAAUGUGCACAUUACGGCAUGCCUUUAAUGCUAAGGACAUGAGUUCACUGGUUUACAAGAUUCUCAAGGGAAAAACACCUCCAUUACCCAAACAAUACAGUGACGACUUGUGUUCAAUUAUAAAGAUCAUGUUGGACCAGGAUCCUUACCAAAGACCUAGUGUAGCACGCAUUUUACGUCACCCAUACAUUAAAAAGCAAAUUGCAAAGUUUUUGGAAGGAACGAAGAACAGGCAAAAUCGAAAGACAAGCAGCACAGAGAAAAGGAUUGUAGAAGUUAAACCUCCCAGUAAACCAUCCUUAAGUUCGAAGUCRGACUCUGGUUACRUUGAUCCAAACUUACAGUCUAUUGCAACUGUUUCUGGUGUCGACUGUGUGAUAGAAGACAAGCCCAGGAAAGUUGAUAGUCCACCAACGGUUGAUCACCCCAGAUCUGUAGAACRAUCACAUUCUGAAACUGAUGUUGGACAAGCUUCUGUAGACAGUUCACAAUCUUCAUCUUCCUCCAGCUCAACACUUGAGAAAGAAGAAGUGAGUAAACCAUUGAGAAAUGGAGUUGCAGUGGAUGAAAGGCAAAGAGAAAAAGAACCAGURAAGAAGCAAGUAGUUCCAAAGCCAAGAAAGUCAUCCUUGGGAAAUAAAGGRUCAGUUCUCGAUGAGCGGUCAUCCAUAGUUGUUGGUAAAGAAGGUACAAAACUAGAAGAGAAGAAUCCAACUAGACGUGUGCGCAGUGCUGGCUCAUCUAGACCAGYAGCUAGUGAGCCUAAACCCUCACCUAGAAGUAGACCUCUGCCGAGACCACCUCCUCCACAACCKAGAGCAAGUGUUGGGGAAGCACCAAUGUCAAAGAGUCCAAGAGCAAGGAGACGUUAUAAGAUAAGUACCAAAACUCCAUCACAUGAAGAAGAGGAAGAAGACGACGAUGAUGACGAUAAAAGUACYGCUUCUGUUGAAUCUGACAGAAGUUCUCAUUCAGUCAGUGAAUCAUCUAAUGUUUCUGGUUUGUCGGCAAGAGAAAGGCGCAGGCUAAAAUUACGAGCCUCAGGGUCGCCUCUACCAAGUCCCUCAGCAUCAUACAACACACCACCCCUCCCCUCCCCUAAGGGUGUUAUAGCUGAUCUACAAAGGAAAAAGUCUAAGGACCAUAGYAAAAAAGCUGUUGGUGUCCMAAAACCUCGYCAAAUUGCCAAGAAACCGCAAGAACUGGAUUGUGUUGACGGUCCUCCAAGAAAGCCCCGGCGAGAAAUGGAAUCAGGUAGUGAUGAAUCUGGUUCAGAUCUCGAGGAAGUUAGUACAGCUGYUGAUGAACCUUCGUCAGAACCGUCCAGGAGACGUCAAAGUGAGGUCAGUUCUCUGAUAUCAGCUCUAGACUCGACGUUAAAACUGGAYGAUUUGUCCGUCGACCGUGUAUCUCCAGAAAUCGAAGAUGAUCUYAUGGAUAAAGCUGAAAUUCUAAUACCAAGUGGUGCUUCUCCAACUAUGUCAGGUAGACUUCGUGAUCGCAUUGAACGUUUAAAGCUAGAGUGUUUACAUGGCAUAGGAGAGGAAAUGUUGCRUCGUGCCUACAGCAUCAUCGACAGUGUUCCUGAAGAUUCUGUUGAGGACGAGCUUGUUAAAGUUAUGGGAAGAGAAAACUUCGACAGAUUUGGUGGUCCAAUAUGGCAGUUAAAAUUCUGUGAAAGCUUUCGAAUAAGCUGAAAAAAAAUUUCAAAGAGUGUAUAAUAGAGAGCAUACUUGGGCUGAAUUUUGAAAUAGAAACAUCCAUGCUAUGAAGAUAACAACCUCAUUUGGGAUGGUUAAAAUCAUAAGGAAUUUUCGUCGGCAAAAAAAAGUAAAGAAAAAAAUUGCUUCAACUCGUUCCAGUCAGUCUUAUUUAAGUGCUUUAGGAUAGAAACAUUGCGUAGAUAAAAACAGGAAGGAAGAAUCAAAAUUUUAGAAAUGUUUGGAGUCGCUGGUCGAGUGUUUCCGCUAGAAGUAAUAUAGAUUCAAUGUUUUUUUUUUCCUGUCAGUCAAGUGUCUAAAGAAUAACAACGUAACAAGCAUUAGUUGCUKGUACGGAUAUAUUACACUUAUUUCUCUCUAAUUUUCCGCAAAGAUGAAAUAAAAUAUCGAGGUUAUGUCA